AUGUUUCCUGGGAUCUACGGGUAUCCCGGACCCAGUGGGUCUGCUCCGCUUGGCGCGCUCACUGCCACUCCCCUGGACGGGUACUCCUAUGUCAACGAGUCUGCUGCCUCCAGUGGGGUCACCGAAGGGUUCGCCUCUGUGAAUGAGCUUCCCACCCUCGGUGAAUCCGCCGACAUAGACUGGUUGGCUGGUGCUGACACGCGGCUGGGCUCGGGGGAUCUGACGGCCCUGAACAAGAUUGCUGAGUCCGGCAUUGGGAUAGGUCGCCCCAAAGCGGCGCGCGAUGUUUUAGGCUGCAACACCUGGAUCCUAGCAGCCUGA